AUGGAGACAAGCACAUUUAGAUAAAAGGAGUCCAACUCUAAAUAAGCUAAUUUAGAAAACAUUGAAAAUCAAUAUAACAAAGUAAUUAUUAACUCUAUGUUUAGAAUCUGAUCAUGCUUACAACUUAAGUUGAACGACUUACAUAAGCUUUGAAGAAGAAAACCAACGAUGUUGAAUUACUCUAAAAUUAAAUAGACAAAUAGAAAUAAACUCAAUUUCCAUAAGAAAUGGAAGAAUUGAUAACUGUAGAAAAAAUAUUUAAAUUUUAGACAGUUGAAGAAUAAACUAAAGAAAUUGAAAAAUGGGCAGAUAAAUUUUAAACUUUGUAAUAAUAGAAUUAGUAAUUGCAAUAAAAGAAUUAGGAAUUAGAACAACUUGUUUAACUACUUAAAAGUUAAUCUCAGCAAGAAAUUAAAUUAAAUGAAAGUUUAUUUUAUUUAAUUUUUAUUAGGUCUUUCAUCUAAGCGAUUUUAUUAAUCAGAAAUAAGUAGAAAAGAAAACAAAUAUGAAACAAAUGAAACAAACAUUAUUUCUUAAUCUAAAUUAUUGUCUAAAUAAGAUGAGAUCAGUUAAUUGAGGUUAUAGGUGGAAUAAUUAAAAUAAGAACUUUUAGAAGAAAAGUAAAUUCAUAGAGAAUUACUUGAAGCAGAAGAAUCACGUGUAAGAGAUUAAGAAAGAAAGAAUUUAAACUAAUAUAAAUUGGAAACUAAGGAAUAAUUGAUUUUAUAUAAGAAUUAAAUUUAGGCACUUUAAGAUAUGUUAGAUAACAAAUCAUAAGUGUUAAAGUAAGAUAAUUUUGAAGAAAAAAAUCGAGAACUCAAUUUAUAAAUUUUAGAAAAGAAUAAGAAAAUAGAAUUAUUGGGAAGCAUUAUUUCAUAAAAAGAUUGUUAAAUUAAUUAAUUAUAAUAACAAUUAGAGAAAUAUUAAAAAGAAUAAGUCUAAUUAAUAAAAUAAUAAUAAUCAUAAAAAUAACUUACACUUCCUUCAUCAUCUUCUACAUAUAGAAUUAGCUCAACUUAACAUUCUUCUUUUGAUAAUAAUUCUACUUCUUUGAUAAAUUUUAAUAAGACUAAUUCCAUUUAAGAUUAGAUCAAUCAAACUAUGGCUCAAAUAAAUAGAUCAAUUCAAUAAGUUGACCAAAUGAAAUAAACUAACAGUGCUAAUCAAAAAAUAUUUUAGGAGUAUAAUAACAAUACUGUUCAGAGUUCUUUGAGAAAUUCACAAAUACCAUAAAUUUAAUCACAUUUAACCGUUCAAGAUAAGAUUAAAGCUCUAACUUCAUUAACUCAAUAGUAAACUACUUAAAAUUAUAAAUAUAUAUGA